AGGGGGGGGGCUCUCCUGCACGGUCACGCACGCACCACUGUGACACACAAACGCUGCCACGCUGACGAGGUGUUCAGAGAGAGGAGAGAAAAAUAAAAGAAAGAAAGGGAAAAAAAAGGGUCUCGUCUCAUGGUCGGUCGGUGUGGCUGGCUGAUGGCUGUGCUCGCCGAUAAAAAGGACACCGAGGCUCGGUGAGGUUGACAGCACUGCACUUCACAGUUCACACCACCUUCCUUCCUUCCCGACUCCCCACACCGGCCGGUCUCCUUCUCGCUGCAGGGAGAGAGAGCUCGAGCUCUUCUCUGCUGCUGCUGCUGCCAUGGCGAUUCCGUUGCUGCUGCUGCUCUUGCUGGCCAUGUCCACAGGCUCAGAUGGGGCGUUCUGCGUGUGCAAGCCCGACCAGAGCCCGGCGGCGAUGCAGAAGGCCAUCGACUACGCGUGCUGGCGCGGCGCCGACUGCACCCAGAUCAUGCAGUCCGGCGCGUGCUACCAGCCGAGCACCAUCGUCGCGCACUGCUCCUACGCCACCAACUCCUACUUCCAGAAGAACAGCCCCAUCGGCGCCACCUGCGACUUCGGCGGCGUCGCCACCCUCACCAACACCGACCCCAGCUCCGGCACCUGCAAGUACCCGGCCACCGCUAGCGGCGUAGGCACCGGAAUGGGAACCGGAACCAGCACCGGCACUGGCACUGGAGUUGGCACCGGCGGCACCGGCACUGGUGGCGCAGGCGUCGGCGCAGGCACCGGCACAGGCGUUGGCACAGGAACCGGCACCGGCGCAGGCAUGGGCACCGGUGCUGGUGCCGGCACCGGGAUCACGACCCCGGGAUCGACCACCGGCACUCAGGGAGGCGCCCUGAGCCCACCGUUUGGCGGCGCAUAUGGCCCGUCGGCCGGCGCCAUGAACCCCGACUACAACGAGGCCGCGCCGGCGCGCUCCCAGCUGGCCGCCGCCACCUCCGUCCUCCUCGCCGCCGCACCAUUCCUGUUCCAUCUCAUCUAGAGCCACACAAGGGGGCAGUGGAUUCCGUCUCGUCGGUGGUGGGGGCGCACGGCGCCGGCCGGAGUUUGGUGGGCAUUGCAAUGCAGCGGCGUUGCCGGCGUUGGUGCUUUGUCUCGCCCGCGCUUUCCGGCCUGUGCCGCCACCCCUGCUGGUUUUGAUCGAUCAUCAGUGUAUUCAGUAGUGGUACUGGGAGUACUCCUUCAGUAGUAGCCUACUCUCUCUGUUAUUCAACUGACGAACUCUUCUCCCUCGUGUGCCGGUGACUACCCAUCAUACCAUGUGGUGUGUUGUUUGUACCGGUGCAAAUGCGUAGGUGAAGAGAGAUCUAGAGAUAUUCUUUCGUGGUAGUAGCAGUUUGUGUGUGUUUCGGACAUAUCUGUGUUACUGUUCACCGUGUGUCGUGUUUUUUAUGCUGCUACUAGUACUAAUAGUAGUUGGUGGUGGCCGCUUUUCUAGCUUGUUA